ACCGAACAGCAUGUGCCAACACACGCACGGCGUGGUCGCGGGGCGUGUUUUUAUUUCACCAAGGCCACUUUCUUCUGGUUAAUAUACAGUGCUGCAUUGAGUGUGUGCUGAAUUACGGGUGCCAUCUGUGUGUCUGCAUUUAGAAAAAAUGAGAGAGGGAGAAUAAAUGUUCAUGCAUCGCAGAGCUUGAAUGAAACCCGUCGCUAAACGGAUAGAAGUUCACGUACAUUUAUUUAUAUAUUCGCCAGAUCUCUCUGUUUUCUCCUCCAAGCAUCGACAUCAGGGUUUGAAGUGGUCAUGCCUUUUGUUUUAAUUUGGGAGACGAGACUGCGGAGCCAUUUGCACGAUGAUGAUGAUUCACGACUGGACGGAGUUUAAAAAAUGAGGAAGCAUUUUUUUCUAAAGAUACUAAAAAGAUAGAGGAGAGGCCUCAUCGUCCCACAGGCCGUGGUCUUUGCAUGGGAAAAGGGAGAAGAAAGGAAGAAAAAACGAGCCUGAUGAAUAAAAAUCGAGUGAAAUGGAGCACGAGACACGCGCGUGGGGAAAUAUGGACCAUAUCAAUAAUGACGGCGGUGUGCGCGAGAACCAGAUCGAUCCGAACAAAAUGAAGCACUUCGCCUCAUGAGCAUUUAAACUGAUAUUUUUUAUUUGCAAUUUAAAGGAGAGGGAAUUCCCGUGCUUUUUGAGAGUUGCAAACAGCGCCCAAGUUCCGUGCAAGUUCUCCUCUCCGCCUUCUUGUGAUUCCUUUGAUUAUUUUACUACUUUUUUUCGGCGGGUUUGAAUUAUUUUUGAUCCGGAUCCAUAGCGUUGAUAUUAUUCAAUGGAAUUAUGUUAUCAGUUACCGGUUUUGCCUCUAGACAGGCCGGUUCCCAAACAUGUUCUCAGCCGGAGGGGAGCCAUUAGUUUCAGCUCCAGUUCCUCUUUAUUCGGAGCCCCCGACCCGAGGCAGCUGUCACAGAGACGUGGAGCAAUCUCCUAUGACAGCUCUGAUCAAACCGCUCUGUAUAUUCGCAUGCUAGCUGUGACAAACAAAACAAUCAAACCCUCAUUCGUGUUUACACCAGGAGCUUGUGUAAUAUUCAAACAGCUGUUUUCAAGAGAUGUGAGAGUGAGAAGUCAGGUAGGCUUUGAACCUGAACGAAGAGGCUCGCACCCGUACCUGGGCAUCGAUUUUCGCACUUUGCACUCCCGUGCUGAGUCAGCAGGGUCGAUUCCAGCUCGGAGGAUCCGGAGGCUCUUUAGUUUCCAGCGACACCUGCUUUCGUCCCGUCUGCUGCGAGGAGCACCACACCUCAACCCCCUCCACAUCCUGGACGAGGACUACUGCGGUCAGGCCAAGUGUAUGCUUGAAAAGGUUGGAAGCUGGAAUUUUGAGAUAUUCCUCUUUGACAGACUUACAAAUGGAAACAGUCUUGUCUUCUUGACAUUUCAUUUGCUGAACCAGUAUGGCCUCAUCGAGCUCUUCCAGUUAGACAUGGUUAAACUGCGUCGAUUUCUAGUUCUGGUUCAAGAAGACUACCACAAUCAGAACCCUUACCAUAAUGCAGUCCAUGCUGCUGAUGUCACCCAGGCCAUGCACUGUUACCUGAGAGAACCCAAGCUCGCCCAGUCCCUCACAUCAUUCGACAUCCUCUUAGGGUUGCUGGCUGCGGCCACACACGAUCUGGACCACCCUGGAGUCAACCAGCCUUUCCUCAUCAAAACCAACCAUUACCUUGCAGCUUUGUACCGGAAUACCUCAGUUCUGGAGAACCAUCACUGGAGGUCUGCAGUGGGACUGCUCAGAGAGACCGAACUCUUUUCCCAUCUUCCUGUGGAAGACAGUCUGAGUAUAGAGAGGCAGCUGGGGUCGCUCAUUCUGGCCACAGAUAUCAGCCGACAGAAUGAGUACCUGUCCCGGUUCAGGACACAUCUGGAUGAGAACGACUUGUGUUUAGGACACGCUUCUCAUCGACAUUUCGUUCUGCAGAUGGCUCUGAAGUGUGCAGAUAUCUGUAACCCGUGUAGACCGUGGGAACUCAGCAAACAGUGGAGUGAGAAGGUCACAGAGGAGUUCUUCCACCAAGGUGACAUUGAAAAGAAGCAUAAACUUGAAAUCAGUCCACUGUGUGAUAGUGAAGCCAACACCAUAGCCAGUGUUCAAAUCGGUUUCAUGACUUACGUGGUGGAGCCUCUGUUUGCCGAGUGGGCGCGCUUUUCAGACACGCGGCUCUCUCAGACCAUGCUCGGCCAUUUGGGCCUGAACAAGGCCAGCUGGAGUGCCCUGGAGCCCGAGGCAUCGGGGAGCUCCGAGGAGGGGGAAUCCGAACCGGGCCGAGCCACAGAAGAACCCAGUUCCAGAGCCUUAUCUCAGGGAAGCCAAGAGUCAUGACACCCCAGCGCUCGCAGAACACCUCUAUUCCCCUCAGCCAAACAUCUUGCGUCACGCCACCCAUCUCCAACCAACCACUGAUGAUUUGUUUUCUUCUUUUUCGUUCGUCUAUUUAAUUUAUUCAGUUUUAAGCGCUCAUUUACCCUUCAACAUAGAGCAAUACAUAGAUACCUCAUUUGGCUACUGCUGCAAUUUUGGUUUCUUUUAAUUAUUGUGAUAUAUUUAUUGAACCUUAUUUGUUUUUUUUUCUAUUGGGCGUUACUAAUUCAACUCCGAUGCUUUGAUUAAAGACUGUAAGGGAAUGUGGGGUAGGAAGGAACCCCCUCCUAUGGCUUUAAAGUGCCAUUUUGAAACAUUGAAUUGCUCUGAAAGUCAUUCGAAACACCUUGAGUAUUUAAAGGAGAGGUUUUUACAACCACACCAAGAGA